AUGCUGGUCCAGAUGCUGCCCCGGCAAAAAGCCCAUGGAUGGAGCCAUGAAAUGGAGGUGCUGAUCACGGUGUACUGGCUUACCUGUGGAGCUUCCUACAGGGUAACUGCAGACAUCUUUGCCAUGCCACUAGCCACCGUUUGCAGGACCAUCCACAACGUCGUGGAGGAAAUGAUGACCAUCCUCCACAGAAUAAUUAAUUUCCCCAAAACAGAGGAGAUGGAGGAGGUGGGGGCUGGCCAUGAGGCAUUCCGCUGUGCUGCCGGUGCCAUCGACGGGGCAUCUGCCAAGGGCGCAUUUCUGGAUGUGUACAUUGGCAAUACAGGAUCUGUACAUGACGCGCUAGUACUUAGAAGAUCUCCGAUGUACAAGCAGGCCCUGUAUCCACCAGCUGGGUACAUGCUAUUAGGAGAUGGAGGAUACCCGUGCCUGCAGCGUCCUGUUGCCAUCAUGACACCAUACCGCCAGCCUGUAGCAAGCCAAGUUGAAGCCCGGUACAACAGGCACCAUGCAAAAGCAAGGAACAUUAUUGAGCGCACCUUUGGCAUCCUGAAAACGCGCUGGCGCUCCAUCUUCCUGAGGGCCCUGGAGAUCCGGCCUCUGUUCGCCCCGAAGGUGAUUGGUGCCUGCUGCAUCCUCCACAACAUGUGCGUGGCAGCAGGUGAUAUCCUGGAGGAGGAGGAGGAGGAGGAGGAGGAGGGUCCGGGACCAGAUGACAGCGAGGAUGUUGCAGAAGUCGUUCAGAGGGAGCUGUCGGGGAACGGUGUCCGAGGAAGGCUUGCUGCCCAGCUUUCUGCUCCUGGAGAACUGCCUGUGUGUCUGCGUGAACAUGACUACAUCUAG